GUCACCCCUCCCUGCACACAAUGGGUGGCUGGAGAGAGCCGGCCCUGCUCUGGGCCCUGGCUCUUGCCCUGGCCUGUGCCCAGCAAGCAGGCAACCCGGCCCGUGGGAUGACCAUCCUCCCACCUCUGGUGCGAGCCCAGAACCCGGCACACAAUGGGCGCGUGUGCAGCACCUGGGGCGACUUCCACUACAAGACCUUCGACAGCAACGUCUUCCGCUUCCCCGGCCUGUGCAACUAUGUCUUCUCCGCGCACUGCGGCGCUGCCUACGAGGACUUCGAUGUCCAGCUCCGCCGAGGCCAGGAGUCCAACACCACCACGCUGAUCAGGGUUGUCAUGAAGAUCGACGGCAUGGUGGUUGAGCUGACCAAGAACUCCACCCAGGUCGACGGCCACCUAGUUCAGCUGCCCUUCAGCCAGUCCGGGGUCCUCAUCCAGCAGGGUGGCGGCUUCCUGAAGGUGGUGGCCAGGCUGGGCCUGGUCCUCAUGUGGAACCAGGAUGACAGUCUCCUGCUGGAGCUGGACACCAAGUACGCCAACCAGACCUGUGGACUCUGUGGAGACUUCAACGGUGACCCUGUCCUCAACGAGUUCGUCUCCCACGAUGUCAAGCUGACCCCCGCUGAGUUUGGGAACCUGCAGAAGAUGGACGGCCCCACAGAGCAAUGUCAGGACCCUGUCUCUGCACCCCCAAAGGACUGCUCCCCUGACUUUGGCGUCUGCAGGGAGGUCCUGGGCAGCCAGCUCUUCUCAGGCUGCAACGCCCUGGUGGACGCCAGCAGCUAUGUGGAGGCUUGCCAGCACGACUGGUGCCAUUGUGAGCACGCCAACCGGACCAGCUGUGUGUGCCACACCCUCGCCGAGUACUCCCGCCAGUGUGCCCAUGCCGGGGGGCUGCCCCUGGAUUGGCGGGGCCCCGACCUCUGCCCUCAGACCUGCCCCAGCAACAUGCAGCACCGGGAGUGUGGCUCGCCCUGUGCCAACACCUGUUCCAACCCGGAGCGCGCCCAGCUCUGCGAGGACCACUGCGUGGCCGGCUGCUUCUGCCCCGAAGGGAUGGUGCUGGAUGACAUUGGCCGCACUGGCUGCAUCCCUGUGUCCCAGUGCUCCUGCGUGUACAACGGGGACACCUACGCUCCGGGGGCCGUCUAUGCCACAGACUGCACCCGCUGCACCUGCUCCAGCGGCCGGUGGAAGUGCCAGGAGGUGCCGUGCCCGGGAACCUGCUCUGUGCUGGGAGGCUCCCACUUCUCCACGUUUGAUGAGAGGCAGUACACAGUGCAUGGGGACUGCAGCUACGUGCUGGCCAAGCCCUGUGACAGUGGUGCCUUCGCCGUGCUGGCCGAGCUGCGCCGGUGCGGGCUGACGGACAGCGAGACCUGCCUGAAGGGCCUGACGCUGAGCCUGGGCCGGAGCCAGACGGCCAUCGUGAUCAAGGCCAGCGGGGAGGUGUUUGUGAACCAGAUCUACACCCAGCUGCCAGUCUCAGCAGGCAACGUCACAGUCUUCAGACCAUCCACCUUCUUCAUCGUUGCCCAGACCAACCUGGGCCUGCAGCUGGCUGUGCAGCUGGUACCCACCAUGCAGGUGUUCCUGAGGCUGGUGCCUGAGCUCCGGGGGCUGACCUGCGGUCUCUGCGGGAACUUCAACAGCAACCAGGCAGACGACUUCCGGACCCUCAGCGGUGUGGUGGAGGGCACGGCUGCCGCCUUCACCAACACCUGGAAGACCCAGGCCGCCUGCCCCAACGUGAAGAACAGCUUUGAGGACCCCUGCUCCCUCAGCGUGGAGAACGAGAAGUUUGCUCAGCACUGGUGCUCACGGCUGACAGACCCCCAGGGCCCCUUCUCCCAGUGCCAUGCCGCCGUGAACCCUAGCUUCUACUACGCGAACUGCAUGUUUGACACAUGUAACUGUGAGAAGAGUGAGGACUGCAUGUGUGCCGCCCUGUCCUCCUACGUGCGUGCCUGCGCCGUCAAGGGCGUGCUGCUCCGUGGCUGGAGGGCCGGCGCCUGCGCAAAGCGCAUGGCCACCUGCCCCAAGUCCAUGACCUACCACUACCAGAUCAGCGCCUGCCAGCCCACCUGUCGCGCCCGGACCGCUGAGGACGUCACCUGCGGCAUUGCCUUCGUGCCCGUGGACGGCUGCACCUGCCCCCAUGGCACCUUCCUGGAUGACUUGGGCAAGUGUGUGCCGGCCACCAGCUGUCCCUGCUAUCACAGGGGCUCUGCACUGCCCAACGGGGAGUCGUUGCAUGAGCACGGGGUCAUCUGUACCUGCACACAGGGCACCCUGACCUGCAUUGGAGGCCAUGCCCCUGCCCCAGUGUGCGCCCCACCCAUGGUCUACUUUGACUGCCGCAAUGCUACGCGUGGGGCCCUGGGGGCUGGCUGUCAGAAGAGCUGCCACACCCUGGACAUGGACUGUUACAGCCCCCACUGCGAGUCCGGCUGCCUGUGUCCCGAUGGGCUGGUGGCCAACGGUGAAGGCGGCUGCAUCGCUGAGACUGACUGCCCCUGUGUGCACAAUGAGGCCAGCUACCUGCCUGGCCAGACCAUCCGGGUGGGCUGCAACACAUGCACCUGCAAGGACAGGAUGUGGCAGUGCACAGAAAAGCCCUGCCUGGCCACCUGCGCGGCCUAUGGGGAUGGCCACUUCAUCACCUUCGACGGUGCACGCUACAGCUUCAGCGGGGACUGCGAGUACACACUGGCCCAGGACCACUGUGGCGGGAAUAGCAGCUUCCAGGACACCUUCCGCGUGGUCACUGAGAACGUCCCCUGUGGCACCACAGGGGCCACCUGCUCCAAGGCCAUCAGGAUCUUCCUGGGGAGCCACGAGCUGAAGCUGAGCGACGGCAAAGUGGGGGUGACCGAGAAGAGCGCGGGCCGGGAGGCACCCUACACCAUCCGCCAGAUGGGCAUCUACCUGGUGCUGGACACCACAGCUGGCCUGGUGCUGCUGUGGGACAGAAGGACCAGCAUCUUCCUAAGGCUCAGCCCCGAGUUCAAGGGGCGCAUCUGCGGGCUGUGCGGGAACUUUGAUGGCAAUGCCGUGAACGACUUCACCACACGGAGCCAGUCCGUGGUGGGCGACGUGCUGGAGUUUGGCAACAGCUGGAAAUUCUCCCCAUCCUGUCCUGAUGCUCUGGCCACCAGGGACCCCUGUACCGCCAACCCGUACCGCAAGGCCUGGGCCCAGAAGCAGUGCAGCAUAGUCCACAGCGCUACCUUCGCCACCUGCCAUGCCCAUGUGGAGCCAGCCAAGUACUACGAGGCGUGCGUGCAGGACGCGUGCGCCUGUGACUCCGGGGGUGACUGCGAGUGUUUCUGCACGGCCGUGGCUGCCUACGCCCAGGCCUGCCAUGACGCGGGCAUGUGCGUGUCCUGGCGGACCCCGGACCGCUGCCCUCUCUUCUGUGACUACUAUAACCCCAAGGGCCAGUGUGAGUGGCACUACCAGCCCUGUGGGGUGCCCUGCAUGAGGACCUGCCGGAACCCUCACGGCCAGUGCCUGCAAGAUGUGCGCGGCCUGGAAGGUUGCUACCCCAGGUGCCCGCCGAAGGCCCCCAUCUUUGACGAGGACCAGAUGAAGUGUGUGGCCAAGUGCCUGGUCCCGACCCCACCUCAGCACUGCCUCAUCCGGGGCAGGUCAUACCGGCCGGGAGCAGCUGUGCCCUCCGAUGAGAACUGCCACUCCUGCAUUUGCACAGAGAGCGGCAUGCAGUGUGCUUACGACGCCAAGGCCUGUGUUUGCAUCUACGGUGGGCGGCACUUCCAUCGGGGGGAGGUCAUCUACCAUACAACAGAUGGCACGGGGGGUUGCAUUUCUGCCCGCUGCGGGACCAAUGGCACCAUCGACCGGAUGGUCUAUGCCUGCGGCCCCACCACCCCCGUGCCCCAGACCACCUUCUCCUUCUCCAUGCCUUCACCGGGUGUGAGCUCAACACGCCCCAGCCCCUUCAAGAGCACAGUGCCCACAGGCACUCUGAGCACGGUCCCACCUACCACCACGGGCACGUCCCCCAGGCUGGCAUCUUCAGUGGCCUCCACCUCUCCCAGCCUGGGCUGUGGGGAAGAUUGCCAGUGGUCACCCUGGCUGGACAUCAGCCAUCCGGGCCGGGGCAUCGACAGUGGGGACUUCGACACACUGGAGAACCUUCGGGCCCAUGGGUACCGGGUCUGCCAAGUGCCAAGGGAGGUGCAAUGCCGAGCUGAGGACGUUCCUGAGGUGCCACUCCAGGUCCUGGGACAGCGUGUGGACUGCAGCCCGACGGUGGGGCUUGUCUGUUACAACAAAGACCAGCAUUCGGGGCUCUGCCUCAACUACCAGCUCAGGGUCCAGUGCUGCUUCCCCCGAACCUGUGCCACCUCCAGCGGUCACACCGUCCCCACCCCUCCUGCAACCAUGCUUGGGAACACCACAGGCACACGUCCGACAGGGAGCCCACCUUCCCCAGCCCCUGUCACCACAACUAGCAAAACACCUACCCCAGGUGCCUCUACGCCUGUUCCAGGUACAACUACAACUGCAAAAUCAACUCUCCCAACCCCGAGACCACCACCACCAGUUUCAACAACAGCUUCAACAACUUCUGUGUCUGCCCCAACUCCAUGGUCCAUGGAGCCAACCUCACCUGACACCAGCCAGGUCACCUGUUCACAAGUCCGGUGCACCUGGACUCGGUGGAUCGACGGCAGCUACCCUAAGUCAGACAGGAACAGUGGAGAUUUUGAGACUUUUCAAAAUUUGAGAUCAAAAGGGUAUAAAUUCUGUGAAAGGCCAAGUAAUGUGGAGUGCAGGGCACAGAUCUUCCCAAACACCCCACUGGCGGAGCUGGGGCAGGAUGUGGUCUGUGACAAAAACGUAGGGCUACUGUGCCUGAACAAGGACCAGCUGCCGCCGAUCUGCUACAACUACGAAAUCCGGAUCCAGUGCUGUGAGCCCGUGGAUGUUUGCACAGGACCCACCAGCCAUCCAGUAACAUCAUGGACCAAACGCUACACCUCAAAAAAACUUAGUGCAACCCCUGUGCCAGUACCCAGCAUGACUCCUGUGCAAACAACCAGCCCAACCACUCUGCCAACAAUAAGCACCUCUGAGCCAACCCCCAGCACAACCUCUGUGCCAUCAAGCAGCCCGACCUCUGUCUCUACACCAGUGACGACCGCUACCAACUCCAUGUCCACCCCCUGCAGGCCCCAGUGCACGUGGACCAAGUGGUUUGACGUGGACUUCCCAUCCCCUGGCCCCCAAGGAGGAGACAUGGAAACCUUCAGCAACAUCAUCAGACGUGGGGAGCAAAUCUGCCGCCUGCCUGAAUUCAUCACCCACCUGGAGUGCCGAGCCGAGAAUCACCGCGAGGUCAGCAUCGAACAGCUGGGCCAGGUGGCGCUGUGCAACCCUGACGUGGGCCUGGUGUGCCGCAAUAGCGACCAGAAGGGAAAAUUCAGGAUGUGCCUCAACUAUGAGGUCCGCGUACUGUGCUGUGAGCCCAGGGGAAUCUGCCCAUCCACCAUCACUCCUUCCACAGGACACACCACCUCAAGUGUGAGCAACAUGACGCUGACAGUGUCCACCACCCGCGUGAGCGCAUCGAGUACAACCUCUGUGCUGACAAGCAGUCCAGCUUCUGUGCCAGCCACCCACUCAACCUCUGUGUCAACCAGCAGCCCAACAUCGGUGCCAAUAACCAGCACCUCUGUGGCAACCUCUAGCCCAACUUCUGUACCAAUAACCAGCAUGACCACUGUGCAAACCACCAGCCCAAUCUCUGUGUCAACAAUCAGCCCAACCCCUCUGCCAACAACAAGCACUUCUGUGCCAACCUCCAGCACAACUUCUGUACCAAUAACCAGCACAAACCUUGUUCCAACAACCAGACCAACCCCUGUACUAUCAACCAGUGCAACACCUGUGACGGUAACCAGUACCUCUGUGCCAACCUCCAGCCCAACUUUUGUACCAGUAACCAACACAACCCCAGUUCUGAUGACCAGCCCAACCUCUGUGCCUAUAACCAGCAUGACAACGGUGCUGAUAACCAGCACAACCUCUGUGCCAAUAACCAGCACAAAUCGUGUGCAAACCACCAGCCCAACCUCUGUCACAACUUCCAGCACAACUUCUAUACCAAUAACCAGCACAACCCCUGUUCCAACAACCAGCACAACCUCUGUACUAUCAACCAGUGCAACACCUGUGCCAGUAACCAGCACCUCUGUACCAACCUCCAGCACAACUUCUGUUCCAAUAACCAGCAUGACCCCUGUGCAAACCACCAGCCCAACCUCUGUGACAACUUCCAGCACAACUUCUAUACCAAUAACCAGCACAACCCCUGUUCCAACAACCAGCACAACCUCUGUACUAUCAACCAGUGCAACACCUGUGCCAGUAACCAGCACCUCUGUACCAACCUCCAGCACAACUUCUGUUCCAAUAACCAGCAUGACCCCUGUGCAAACCACCAGCCCAACCUCUGUCACAACUUCCAGCACAACUUCUAUACCAAUAACCAGCACAACCCCUGUUCCAACAACCAGCACAACCUCUGUACUAUCAACCAGUGCAACACCUGUGCCAGUAACCAGCACCUCUGUACCAACCUCCAGCACAACUUCUGUUCCAAUAACCAGCAUGACCCCUGUGCAAACCACCAGCCCAACCUCUGUGACAACUUCCAGCACAACUUCUAUACCAAUAACCAGCACAACCCCUGUUCCAACAACCAGCACAACCUCUGUACUAUCAACCAGUGCAACACCUGUGCCAGUAACCAGCACCUCUGUACCAACCUCCAGCACAACUUCUGUUCCAAUAACCAGCAUGACCCCUGUGCAAACCACCAGCCCAACCUCUGUGCCAACUUCCAGCACUACUUCUGUACCAAUAACAAGCACAAACCCAGUACCAAUAACUGGCACAAACACUGUGCUGAUAACCAGCACCUCUGUGCCAACCUUCAGUACAACUUCUGUACCAAUAACCAGCACAAGCUCUGUUCCAAUCACUAGCUCAACCUAUGUACCAGCAACCAGUGCAACACCUGUGCCAAUAACCAGCACCUCUGUGCUAACCACCAGCACAACUUCUGUACCAAUAACCAGCACGACCAUUGUGCAAACAACCAGUCAAACCUCUGUGUCAACAACCAGCCCAAUAUCUGUGCAAACAAUAAGCAGUUCUGUGCCAACCUCCAGCACAACUUCGGUUCCAAUAAUCAGCACGACCCCUGUGCAAACCACCAGCCCACCUUCUGUCUUAACAAUCAGCCCAACCCCUCUGCCAACAACCAGCACCUCUUUGCCAACCUCCAGCACAACUUCUGUACCAAUAACCAGCACAAUCCCUGUGCAAACGACCAGCCCAACUCCAGUUCUGAUAACCAGCCCAAGCUCUGUGCUUAUAACCAGUACAACACCAGUGCCGAUAACCAGCACAACCUCUGUGCCAAUAACCAGCACAACCCCUGUGCAAACCACCAGCCCAACCUCUGUGCCAACCUCCAGCACAACUUCUGUACCAAUAACCAGCACUACACUUGUUCCAACAACCAGUCCAACCUCGGUGCCGAUAACCAGCACCUCUGUGCCAACCUCCAGCACAACUUCUGUACCAAUAACCAGCACAACCUCUGUGCAAACAAGCAGCCCAACCUCUGUCUCUAUACCAGUGAAGACCACCACCCACCAUGUGCGCUUCAACUGCAGGCCCCACUGCACGUGGACCAAGUGGUUUGAUGUGGACUUCCCAUCCCCCGGCCCCCAAGGAGGAGACAUGGAAACCUUCAGCAACAUCAUCAGACGUGGGGAGCAAAUCUGCCGCCUGCCUGAAUUCAUCACCCACCUGGAGUGCCGAGCCGAGAACCACCGCGAGGUCAGCAUCGAACAGCUGGGCCAGGUGGCGCUGUGCAACCCUGACGUGGGCCUGGUGUGCCACAACAGCGACCAGAAGGGAAAAUUCAGGAUGUGCCUCAACUAUGAGGUCCGCGUGUUGUGCUGUGAGCCCAGGGGAAUCUGCCCAUCCACCAUCACUCCUUCCACAGGACACACCACCUCAAGUGUGAGCAACAUGACGCUGACAGUGUCCACCACCCGCGUGAGCACAUCCAGUACAACCUCUGUGCCGACAAGCAGUCCAGCUUCUGUGCCAGCCACCCGCUCAACCUCUGUGUCAACAACCAGCACAACAUUUGUGCCAAUAACCAGCACAAGCCCCAUGCAAACCAGCAGCCCAACCUCUGUGCCAACCUCCAGCACAACUUCUGUACCAAUAACCAGCUCAACCCCAGUACCGAUAAACAGCACAAACACUGUGCCAAUAACCAGCACCUCUGUGCCAACCUCCAGCACAAUUUCUGUACCCAUAACCAGCACAACUCCAGUGCUGAUAACCAGCCCAACUUCUGUAUCAACAACCAGUGCAACCCCUGUUCCAACAACCAUCCCAACCCUUGUGUCCACCACCAGCUCAACCCCUCUGCUAAAAUCCAGUACAUCUGUGCCAACCUCCAGCACAAUUUCAGUACCAAUAACCAGCAUGACAUCUGUGCAAACCACCAGUCCAACCUCUGUAUCAACAGCGAGCACACCUGCACCAACUUCUAGCACUUCUGUGCCGAUAACCAGCACAACCCCUGUGCAAAGAACCAGCCGAAACUCUGUAUCAAAAACCAGCCCAACCCGUGUGCCAAAAACCAGCAUCUCUGUGCCAUCCUCCAGCCCAACUUCUGUACCAAUAACCAGCACAAUGUCUGUGCAAACAACCAGUCCAACUUCUGUGUCAACAACUAGCACAACUGCUGUGCCAACCUCCAGCACAACUUCUGUACCAAUAACCAGCACAAGCCCUGUUCCAAUCACCACCUCAACCUCUGUACCAUCAACCAGUGCAACACCUGUGCCUAUAACCAGCACCUCUGUGCCAACUGCCAGCACAACAUCUGUACCAAUAACCAGCAUGAUCAUUGUGCAAACAACCAGUCAAACCUCUGUGUCAACAACCAGCCCAACAUUUUUGCGAACAAUAACCACUUCUGUGCCAACCUCCAGCACAACUUCUGUACCAAUAGUCAGCAUGACCCCUGUGCAAACCACCAGCCCAACCUCUGUGUCAACAAUCAGCGCAACCUCACUGCCAACAACCAGCACCUCUUUGCCAACCUCCAGCACAACUUCUGUACCAAUAACCAGUACAAACCCUGUUCCAACAACCAGCCCAACCUCUGUACCAUCAACCAGUGCAACACCUGUGCCAGUAACCAGCACAACUGUGCAAACCUCUAGCUCAACUUCUGUACUAAUAACCAGCACAACCCCAGUUCCGACAACCAGCCCAACCUCCAUGCCUAUAACCAGGAAAAAUCCUGUGCAAACCACCAGCCCAACCUCUGUGCCAACCUCCCGCACAACUUCUGUACCAAUAACCAGCACAACCCCUGUUCCAACAAUCAGCCCAACCUCUCUGCACAUAACCAGCACCUCUGUGCCAACCUCCAGCACAACUUCUGUACCAAUAACCAGCACAACCCCUGUUCCAACAACCAGACCAACCUCUGUGCCAACAAUGAGACCAACCUCUGUGCUAUCAACAAGUGCAACACCUGUGCCCAUAUCCAGCACCUCUGUGCCAACCUUCAGUACAACUUCUGUACCAAUAACCAGCACAAGCUCCGUUCCAAUCACUAGCUCAACCUCUGUACCAGCAACCAGUGCAACACCUGUGCCAAUAACCAGCACCUCUGUGCUAACCACCAGCACAACUUCUGUACCAAUAACCAGCACGACCAUUGUGCAAACAACCAGUCAAACCUCUGUGUCAACAACCAGCNNGACCACCACCAACCCCAUGUCCACCUCCUGCAGGCGCCAGUGCAUGUGGACCAAGUGGUUUGACGUGGACUUCCCAUCCCCCGGCCCCCAAGGAGGAGACAUGGAAACCUUCAGCAACAUCAUCAGACGUGGGGAGCAAAUCUGCCGCCUGCCUGAAUUCAUCACCCACCUGGAGUGCCGAGCCGAGAACCACCGCGAGGUCAGCAUCGAACAGCUGGGCCAGGUGGCGCUGUGCGACCCUGACGUGGGCCUGGUGUGCCGCAACAGCGACCAGAAGGGAAAAUUCAGGAUGUGCCUCAACUAUGAGGUCCGCGUGUUGUGCUGUGAGCCCAGGGGAAUCUGCCCAUCCACCAUCACUCCUUCCACAGGACACACCACCUCAAGUGUGAGCAACAUGACGCUGACAGUGUCCACCACCCACGUGAGCGCAUCCAGUACAACCUCUGUGCCGACAAGCAGUCCAGCUUCUGUGCCAGCCACCCGCUCAACCUCUGUGUCAACCAGCAGCCCAACAUCAGUGCCAAUAACCAAAACCUCUCUGGCAACCUCUAGCCCAACUUCUGUACCAAUAAUCAGCACGACCACUGUGCAAACCACCAGCCCAACCUCUGUGUCAAUAAUCAGCCCAACACCUCUGACAACAACAAGCACUUCUGUGCCAACCUCCAGCACAACUUCUGUACCAAUAACCAGCACAAGUCCUAUUCCAAUCACCAACCCAACCUCUGUACCAUCAACCAGUGCAAAACCUGUGCCAAUAAUCAGCACCUCUCUGCCAACCACCAGCACAACUUCUGUACCAAUAACCAGCAUGACCCCUGUGCAAACCACCAGCCCAAACUCUGUGUCAAUAAUCAGCCCAACACCUCUGCCAACAACCAGCACCUCUGUGCCAACCUCCAGCACAACUUCUGUACCAGUAACCAGCACAACUCCAGUGCCGAUAAUCAGCCCAACUUCUGUAUCAACAACCAGCACAAACUCUAUGAAAACAACCAGUCCAACCACCGUGUCAACAACUAGCUCAACUUCUGUGUCUACCUCCAGCACAACUUCUGGACCAAUAACCAGCACAAUCUCCAUGCCAAUAACAAGUCCGACCUCUGUCUCUACACCAGUGACGACCACCACCAACCCCAUGUCCACCUCCUGCAGGCGCCAGUGCAUGUGGACCAAGUGGUUUGACGUGGACUUCCCAUCCCCCGGCCCCCAAGGAGGAGACAUGGAAACCUUCAGCAACAUCAUCAGACGUGGGGAGCAAAUCUGCCGCCUGCCUGAAUUCAUCACCCACCUGGAGUGCCGAGCCGAGAACCACCGCGAGGUCAGCAUCGAACAGCUGGGCCAGGUGGCGCUGUGCGACCCUGACGUGGGCCUGGUGUGCCGCAACAGCGACCAGAAGGGAAAAUUCAGGAUGUGCCUCAACUAUGAGGUCCGCGUGCUGUGCUGUGAGCCCAGUGGUAGCUGCCCUGUGACCUCCGUGACCCCUUAUGCAAGUUCAUCUACCAAGCCCUCGACCCCUCCCGUGUCUGCCUCGGUGGUUUCUACCAUGGCUCCGUCCAGCUCCUUGGUGCCAUCCAUCCCUACAUGCUACUGUAGUGUGUCUGGCGAGCUGUACCCUGCAGGAGCCAUCAUUUACCAGCAGACCGACCUCCUUGGCCACUGCUAUUACGCCGUGUGCAGCCUGGACUGCCAUGUGGUUAGGCGGACGGACUCCACCUGUCCCACCAACAGGCCAUCACCACCCCCAGCUACCUCUCUGCCCAGGUCCUCUACCUGGACCCCUGUUCCUGUCACUGAGCAGGGAUGCCCAAAUGCUGUCCCCCCGAGAACGAAAGGCGAGAUCUGGCCCAUGCCCAACUGCUCCCAGGCCACCUGCAAGGGCAACAACGUCAUCACCCUGAAGCCACGCCCAUGCCCCCAGGAGCAGAUGCCCACCUGUGCCAAUGGCUACCCUGCCGUGAGGAUGUCUGAGCAGGACAGCUGCUGUCCACAGUACCAGUGCCAGUGUGUGUGCAGCGGCUGGGGCGACCCCCACUACAUCACCUUUGAUGGCACCUACUAUACGUUCCUGGACAACUGUACAUACGUGCUGGUGCAGCAGAUCGUGCCCGUGUACGGCCACUUCCGUGUGCUCAUUGACAACUACUUCUGCAACUCCCUGGACGGGCUGUCCUGCCCACGGUCCAUCAUUGUGGAGUACCAGCAGGAUCGCGUCGUGUUGACCCGCAGGCCAGUCCUUGGGGUGCUGACCAACCAGAUCAUCUUCAACAAUGAGGUGGUCCAGCCUGGCUUCCAGAAAAACGGCAUCGUGGUGUCCCAGAUCGGCAUCAAGAUGUAUGUCACGGUGCCCAGAAUCGGCUUGCAGGUCAUGUUCACCGGCCUCAUCUUCUCUGUGGAGGUGCCUUUCAGCAAGUUUGCUAACAACACAGAGGGACAAUGUGGCACCUGCACCAAUGACCGCAGGGAUGAGUGCCGCCUGCCCGGGGGCACAGUGGUGGCCUCCUGCUCUGACAUGUCUGGCCACUGGAAGGUGCCCAACCCUAACCAGACAUCCUGCCUUGGGCCUCCGCCGACGCCCUCCACGGCCUGGCCCAUGACCCCACCCACAAAGGCACCAUGCCUGCCUUCACCCAUCUGCCAGCUGAUCUUCCACAACCAUGUCUUUGGGUCAUGCUAUGCCGUGGUCCCCCCGGAGCCGUACUUCCAAGGCUGUGUCUUUGACCAGUGCUACAUGCCCGCUUCUGACAUGACGUGCUCCAGCUUGGAGCUGUACGCAUCGCUCUGCGCAUCCCAUGGCGUGUGCAUUGACUGGAGAGGCUGGACCAACCACACGUGCCCCUUUACCUGCCCUGCUGGUAAAGUGUACCAGCCCUGUGGCCCGGCCGACCCCUCCUACUGCUAUGGGAGCAGCAAUGCCAGCAUCGGGGCUCUCCAGGAUGCCGGCCACAUCACGGAAGGCUGCUUCUGUCCCCAGGGCAUGACCCUUUUCAGCGCCAGCUCUGAAGUCUGUGUGCCCACAAACUGCUCCAGUUGUCUGGGGCCCCAUGGGGAGCCUGUGGAGCCAGGCCACAAGGUCACCAUCGACUGCCAGGAGUGCACCUGUGAGAACGGCACUCACAUGCUGAGCUGCAGGUCACAGCCCUGCCCGCCGCCCCCCGCCUGCCGCACGCCUGGCUUCGUGCCUAUGCCUGUGGCCCCACUGGCUGGCCAGUGCUGCCCCCAGUACAACUGCGCCUGCAACACCAGCUCCUGCCCCGCCCCCACGGACUGUCCUAAGGGCUCCCACCGGGUCUUGGUCUAUGAGGAUGGCGCCUGCUGCCCGAGCCAAAACUGCAGCCCGAAUGGCUGCAACAUCAAUGGCACUUUGUACCAGCCUGGCGCUGUGGUCUCCUCCAAUCUGUGUGAAACAUGCACGUGUGAGGUGCCCGGUGGCCCUCAGUGGGGCAUGUUCACAAUCUACUGCAAGACUGAGAUAUGCAGCCCCCACUGUCCCCUGGGCUUCGAGUACCGGGCACAGAGCGGGCAGUGCUGUGGCAUGUGUGUGCAAGUGGCCUGUGUCAGCAAUUCCAGCAACAGCCCCGCCCAACUCUUCUAUCCUGGCGAGUCCUGGUCGGACCCGGGGAACCCCUGUGUGACUCACAAGUGCAAGAAGCACCAGGACGGGUUGGUGGUGGUGACCACGAAGAAGGUGUGCCCCCCACUCAGCUGCCCUGUGACCCAGGCUCGGCCGAGCAUGGAUGGCUGCUGCCCCUUGUGUCGCCGCCCUACAUGUGAAUCCUGCGCCAGGAGCUACCAGCACCAGGUUAUCAGGAAAUGGGGCUGCAGCUCCCCUGGGCCUGUGCGUCUCACCUAUUGCAAGGGUCACUGCGGGGCCACCAGCUCCAUGUACUCCUGGGAAGCCAACAGGGUGAACCGCAAGUGUACGUGCUGCCAGGAGCUGAGGUCCUCGCUGAGGAACGUGACCCUGCUCUGUGCCGAUGGCUCCAGCCGCAUCUUCAGCUACCCUGAGGUGGAGGAGUGCGGCUGCGUGGGCCUGCGGUGUGGCUCCCACGGGUACCUGGACCACUCGCAGGCGCUGGAGCCCGAGCAGAGCCAGCAGGCAGAGCACGGGGACCAGAGAAGGGGGGCCCCGGGGCCCAGGCCACUGCCUUAGACAGACCCGAGGCCUCCCUCCUCAGCAAGCUCACCCCGAUUCCCGCUGCCUCAGCUCCCAAGGCCAAUGGAACCUGAGCCUUGGUCCACAGGACCCGAGUCUGGGAUGCACCAGCCACCCGCCUCCUCCCCCUGCAGGGUCCAGCUGACCCUGGAUGUGCAGCGGCCCUGACUGACCCACAGCUGCCUGUCAGGAAUAGCCUGGGGCGGGCGGUGGCUCCUCUGGUGGGGGGCCUAGCCUGCUCUUCCCAGGACUUAAGCAUCACAGAAGGGUCUUAUCAAGGACUGUCACUCCGACUUGGCGACUGGCUGCUUGGCAGCCAUUGGGAGGACAGCCUUAUCCCUACCUCGGCCCUUGGCCUCAGGAAAAGGCCAACUGGUUUCACAAAUACACUUGGAGCAAC